CACCCACUCGGCUGUGCCGCCCCCGUCUCUCCGCUUCUCAGUCUCCAAGAAUGUCCCGGCUAGCCCCGCAAUUGCCGUGCCUGCAGCGGGGUCCCGCCCGGUGAGCAGGAGGCGGUGGGAGGGGAAAGCAGCCGCGCGCCCUGCCUGCCUUGAAGCCCAUUGCGUGGCAGCGCCAGCCGGCCGCCUCCCUGCGUCCACACAGCCCUCUGCCGGGAGUGCCCGGGCGCGGGGGGCAGGAGCAGGGGCCACGCGAGCCUCCCGGCCCCGCUCCACCCCCGCCUGUGUCCUCCAGCCCCGUCCGCCCUGCGCCGCUGCCGGGCUGCUGGGAGGGUUCCCCGCGCAUCUGGGAGCGGGAGGAUCCGAGCGAGCCCUUGGCACAGCGGGUCAGUAUCCGCCUCUCCCGGCCCGUGGGCUGCUCCCCGCCCCGCUGUUGGCUGGCUGGUGCCUUUCCAGCCCCGCGGAGCAUUGCCGCGGCUGCCUGCCCCGCUGCAGCUGGGAGCAGCGCGCCUGGCUGAGCUCCUCCGCCGGGCUGGAAGUUGGCCGCCUGGCAGUCGGGCGGCUGCCUUGUGCCCGGCACCUUCUCACCUGACAGGGGCAACUUCGCCCGGCAGACAGACAGGACCUGGCUCAUCCCUGCCUCCAGAUCGCCCGGGCUGCGCUGCGCUGCACAGUCACUCACAGCUGCCACGUGAACCAGGGACCUUCAUCUUCAUGACGGAAGACAGCGUCAUGGCCUUUAGGAUUCAAGAUUUUACUAGGCUGAGGAUUGACCGGGACUGAAAGAUUCUGGGUUACUCAUAAAUCUCCCCAAACUAACACACACACACAGUCCCUCUCUCCUCAUUGCUACCAUUAUCGGUUGUGAGUAGAAAGAUGGCAUCCAGCCUUACUUGCACUGGGAUGAUCUGGGCACUUCUCUCCUUCCUCUGUGCUGCUGCUUCCUGCAUAGGAUUCUUUAUGCCAUACUGGCUGUUGGGGUCUCAGCUGGAGAAGUCAGUGUCCUUUGGCACUUUCCGGAGGUGUUCCUAUCCAGUGCGGGAUGAGAGCCGCCAGACUACAGUGAUGGUAGAGCAGUGUGGCCGCUACGCAUCCUUCCAGGCCAUCCCAAGUGCUGAGUGGAGGAUCUGCACCGUGGUGACGGGGCUGGGCUGUGGCCUCCUCCUUUUGGUGGCACUGACUGCACUCAUGGGCUGCUGUGUGUCCGAGCUCAUCUCCAGAACUGUGGGCAGGGUAGCAGGAGGCAUCCAGUUUCUGGGAGGAAAAAGACCCUCCAGCAUCCUGAACUGUGGUACAGCAGGCUUGUUGAUUGGCUCUGGCUGUGCUCUCUAUCCUUUGGGUUGGGACAGUGAAGAAGUUAGACAGACCUGUGGCAACCUUUCCAACCAGUUUGAAUUGGGUACUUGUGAAAUUGGCUGGGCUUACUACUGCACCGGAGGAGGAGCAGCUGCCGCUAUGUUAAUCUGCACUUGGUUGGCCUGCUUCUCUGGCAAGAAACAGAAACAGUACCCUUACUGAGGCUGGCGGCCUGAGAGUCCAGUUUAGAGAAUGAAUGAGCUUCCAGAGGCCGAAGUGACUUGCAGACUUCUUCUUCUGAACAAAGUGCUUUAGCUCCUAGCUGCAGAACAGUCAUUAUGAAAUGAGAAUGGACCUGGUCAAGGACAUGAGGUGACACUGUGAAUUGUGGGGAGGGUGGGGAGUCUGGAAAGCUGGACCAAAUGCUGCGACUCUCGGAAGGCAUGGGCAGUUCUUGCUUGACAGAGUAUAUUUCUGGUCUAUUCUAGAAGAAUACAAUUUUACGAGAAAGGAAUGCUCCCCUUUGUUAAAUUGUGAAGGUAUAGGUGUACCAAUGAAUUGAAAGACUGGUGAAAAUAAUAUUUUGGGUAGGGUAUAAUCUUCCAAAAUUCCCCUUAAGCACAACACUCCUGAAAGUGUGCCUGCACACACACACACACACACACCAUGGCACAGAACAAAUAAAAUGCAAACUUAUUGGUGCUAUUUUUUCUUUUUUUUAUUCAUUUGAUGGUUUAAAAUUCAAUGUUAUACCACUUUUUAAACUACACAUGAAACCUAAUAAAUGGACCAAUAAGCCACUUUAACAGUAUUUUGUAUAUUCUCUCUACUCUUUUUCCCAAAACAUUUAUUCACUGCUUAUUCAGCCCUAUAGAAUUUUUAUUUAGCUUCUGUGUUUUCAGCAUUAUUACAAAAAUGCAACAUUUUACUCAGCAUAUAUAGGGGCUUUGCCUAUAGUACUGUUAUGAAGGGCAGUAAAUGGACAUCUUUCAGUCCAGGGAGAAUUCCACUCAUGGUACUGUAGGAUAUUGUUGGUUACGUAAGACUAAUGGGAAAUGUCUUCCAGAUAUAGAUUUGGUCAUUGUUACGUUUAGCUCAUUGUUGUUGUAUUGUGCUGUACCAUGUUUAUUAUUUCAAUAUUCAUUUUUGUAAAAAACAUAAAUAAAUGUGCUAUUAUGUUUGUAUUUGAAAAUCUCUGUAAAUAAAUUUUUCUCUGAUCAAUACUG